AUGGGUGCUGAAUAUGCAAAACGACUUAAACAGAGGUUCUCCAUCAGUGAGAGGGCGUUAGGGAAGGAGAGUCCCACAUUGAAGUGCCUGCUGACUGCCCACCACCCUUGCUUCGUCCACAGCAUGGCUCUCUCUCUCUGGCUCCUUCUUACCUGCACCAUCACCCUCAGCAAUGUUGGCCCCUCCACACAGGCAUUAAGUCGUUCCGCAAUGCCGUUUGGUCUGAUGAGGAGGGAGCUGGCGUGCGAGGGUUACCCCAUAGAGCUCCGUUGCCCCGGCAGCGAUGUCAUCAUGAUUGAGACAGCCAACUAUGGUCGAACCGAUGACAAGAUUUGUGACGCUGAUCCCUUUCAGAUGGAGAAUGUACAGUGCUACCUGCCUGAUGCCUUUAAGAUCAUGUCACAGAGGUGUAAUAAUCGGACUCAGUGUGUGGUGGUGGCUGGGUCUGAUGUUUUUCCAGACCCCUGUCCUGGGACCUACAAGUACUUGGAGAUCCAGUAUGAAUGUGUGCCAUACAUCUUUGUAUGUCCUGGGACUCUGUUAAGGGUGCAGACAGCAAGUUUGCUGCAGGAGGCGGAGCAUCAGUCGGGGGCAUGGUGUAAGGAUCCCCUGCAAUCUGGUGACCGUCUUUACGUCAUGCCCUGGACUCCAUACCGCACUGACAUGUUGUACGAGUAUGCCUCGUGGGAAGACUUCAAGCAGAAUCGAGCCACAACCACCUACAAGCUUCCAAAUCGAGUGGAUGGAACAGGCUUUGUUGUGUAUGAUGGUGCUGUUUUUUACAACAAGGAACGCACACGCAACAUUGUGAAAUAUGACUUGCGCACUCGUAUCAAGAGUGGUGAAGCCAUAGUCAAUAAUGCCAAUUACCAUGACACCUCACCAUACCGUUGGGGGGGCAAGUCUGAUAUUGACCUUGCAGUGGAUGAAAAUGGUCUAUGGGUCAUCUACGCCACCGAGGCCAACAAUGGACGACUGGUUGUCAGCCAGGUUAACCCCUACACCCUGCGCUUCGAGGGAACCUGGGAGACUAGCUUCGAUAAGCGACUGGCGUCCAAUGCCUUCAUGGCAUGUGGCGUUCUGUACGCUGUCCGUUCUGUGUAUCAGGACGACGACAGCGAGGCAGGUGGAGACCUUGUGCUGUACUCUUACAAUACCAACAGAGCACGAGAAGAGCCUGUCCACAUCCCUUUCCCCAACCCCUACCAGUAUGUCUCCUCUGUGGACUACAACCCUCGAGACAACCAACUCUAUGUCUGGAAUAACUACAAUGUGCUGCGCUAUCCCCUGGAAUUUGGCCCACCGGAUCCCACCGUAGGUCCACUUGCCACCACCCAGAUGAGCAGCACAACUCCGGCAAGACCCGUUACUUCCAGCUCAAUCCCGUCAACCAUGCGACCUCUGCCGCCCACCGCUCACCCAAUAGGGGCCAUCAACAAGGCACCAGAUCUGCGGCCAAUCACCGCCACUGUGCCAGUGACCCGCAGACCCCUGCGAGUACCACCUCAGGGCACUGAGCUGCAAGUGUGUGAAGCCCGCAUAGCCCGAGGGGUGCAGUGGCCCGCCACCCAUAGAGGAGAGACUGUAGACAGGCCGUGUCCUAAAGGAUCACUUGGCAUUGCCUCCUUCCAGUGUCUGUCAUCUCCUGUGCUGUGGAACCCUCGUGGGCCGGAUUUGAGUAACUGCACCUCGCCGUGGGUCAACCAGGUGGCACAGAAGAUAAAAAGCGGAGAGAACGCUGCAAACAUUGCCGCUGAGCUGGUAAACCACACGCAGGGCCGCAUUCACGCCGGUGAUGUCAGUUCCUCUGUCAGACUCAUCGAGCAGCUAUUGGAUAUAUUAGAUGCACAGCUGCAAGCACUCAGACCCGGGAAUAAGGAAUCGGCAGCCAGGAACUACAAUAAGUGGCAGAAAAGAGAGCGGACCUGUCGGGCUUAUGUUCAGGCGGUGGUGCAGACGGUGGAUAAUCUGUUGUGUGUGGAGGCUUUAGAGUCAUGGCAGGACAUGAACAGUACGGAGCAGGUGCACACUGCCACAAUGCUGCUAGACGUCAUGGAGAAAGGGGCCUUCCUGCUGGCCAACAACAUGUACAAUAACCAUUUCUCCGACCACGCUGCCAAUGUCGGCCAGGUGAAAGUGGUCUUUGUGCUUUAUAAAAAUCUGGGUUCGUUCCUCUCUACUGAAAACGCAACUGUGAAGAUAGAGAUGGAGGCGGGGCCAGGUGGGCAGGGCCUGGUGGUGAAUUCACAUGUCAUUGCCGCGUCAAUAAAUAAAGAGUCCAGUCGAGUGUUUCUGACUGAGCCUGUGGUGUUUACACUUAGACAUUUACAGCUGGAGAAUCAUUUCAGUCCAAACUGUUCGUUCUGGAACUACUCAGAGCGCUCGAUGAUGGGCCAGUGGUCAUCGCAGGGCUGCAGACUGAUUGAAACUAACAGCACACACACCACAUGCUCAUGUAGCCAUCUUACCAACUUCGCUGUGCUAAUGGUACACCAUGAACCUAAUUAUCAGGGAAGGAUGCAUGAGUUGAUUCUCUUUGUGAUCACGUGGGUUGGGAUUGUAAUUUCGCUGGUGUGUCUCGCUAUCUGCAUCUCUACCUUCUGCUUCCUGCGAGGCCUGCAGACCGACCGAAAUACAAUCCACAAGAACCUCUGCAUCAACCUCUUCAUCGCCGAGCUCCUCUUUCUCAUCGGCAUCGACAAGACUCAGUACCAUAUCGCGUGCCCCAUUUUCGCAGGCCUGCUGCAUUUCUUCUUCCUGGCAGCAUUUUCGUGGAUGUGUCUGGAGGGAAUCCAGCUCUACCUGAUGAUGGUGGAGGUGUUUGAGAGCGAAUACUCCCGAAAGAAAUACUACUACCUGUGUGGCUACUGCUUCCCUGCUCUGGUGGUGGGCAUCUCAGCCGCCAUCGACUACCGCAGCUACGGGACUAAGAAAGCGUGCUGGCUGAGAGUGGAUAACUACUUCAUCUGGAGUUUUAUCGGCCCGGUGUCCUUCAUUAUCAUGUUAAACCUGGUGUUCCUCAUGAUAACACUUCACAAGAUGAUCCGUAACUCGUCCGCCCUCAAGCCCGACUCCAGCCGUCUGGACAACAUCAAGUCCUGGGCUCUGGGAGCUAUCGCUCUGCUUUUCCUCUUGGGUCUGACCUGGGCCUUUGGCCUCCUGUUCAUCAACGAAAACACAGUCAUCAUGGCGUACCUCUUCACCACUUUCAACGCCUUUCAGGGCAUGUUCAUCUUUAUCUUCCAUUGCGCUUUACAGAAAAAGGUGCAUAAGGAGUACAGCAAGUGCCUGCGUCAUUCUUACUGUUGCAGUCGCACGUCUACUACAAACUCACAUGGAUCACUGAAGAACUCUGCCCUGCGUGCCAACAACCGUUACUACACCGGCAGCCAGGCACGCCACGCAGCAGUGCACAGACAGAGCCGAAUCCGACGUAUGUGGAACGACACAGUGCGGAAGCAGACAGAGUCGUCCUUCAUGGCCGAAGACAUCAACAGCACCCCCACCCUCAACCGGGCUACAAUGGGGAAUCAUCUUCUGGCAAACCCUGUGCUGCAGACCCGUACAGGAACCUCACCCUACAACACCCUUCUGGCUGAGACGUUUACCCCACCCUCACCUGGAGUCUUCAACUCCACCGGAACUUUCCGUGACCCAAAGAGCACACUGUCUAAGAAUCGAGAUCAUGGAGGCAUGGAGACACUACCUCUAAAUGGAAACUUCAACAAUAGCUAUUCUCUGCGCACUGUUGGGGUUACUGGUGGUCCCGGCGGCAGUUGUGACUUCCUGGGAGGCGGAGGUGGGGAUAGUCCCCCUCCCCUACUCAACCCGCGGGGCUCAGAAAUCCUCGGCGGCAUACGGAGAAACCUCUCAGAUGCAGCGGCAUUUGAGAAGAUGAUCAUCUCGGAACUAGUGCACAAUAAUCUACGUGGUGGUGGGACUGGGGGUGGAGACAUAACAUGUGGCAGCCUGGCCAGAGGACAUGGCCACAAGGGAAUGGGGCAGGGUGGAGGUGGGGCCGAGCCGACAAUAGGCUUGGAGGAUGACAAGGACUUUCGUUCAAGAGAAAUGCGCCAGCGCACGCCGCAGGACGUGGAACUACUGUACAAAGCACUCGAGGAGCCCCUACUCUUACAGCGCGCCCAGUCGGUGCUCUACCAGAGUGAUGCUGAGGAGUCCGAAAGCUACACAGCAGACCUGACUGAGAGCUUGGGCCACAGCGUUCACAGCGGCCAAAAUGCUGCUGGCCAGGGCCACAGCGGAGCCCCUGAUUCGCCUAUGCGAGACACCCUUUACACCAGCAAAACCAACCUGCGAGAUUUGCCCUACCCUGACAGCACGGAACCUCUAGAUGUGGUUCCACGCUCGGCCCAGCCUCCAGAAGAGCUGUAUUACAGCUCGGGCCGGCCCGCUAUAGGCUCCCGCGGAGCCCCCAUGCAGACCUUCUAUCAGGCUCCUCCUAGGAGACCUAGCACUGAAGCCCACCCCGCCCCUCCCGAGCCCCCCCACAGUGAGGGAGAUGGACAGAUGCAGUUGGUCACCAGCCUGUGACCAUGAAGAAGAGGUGGAGGAGGAAGAGCGCUACAGGGUUUGAUACAAAGUGCAGAAGAUGAUGGACUCCUCUCCUGUCUCUAACACCCUAUUUAUGUCUGGUUGCCUUUUUAAACUUUUAUUUGUUUUGAAGUGAGAGUUAAGGAAAGCCUAAACAGGGAGAACAAGAGAGAAGUUUGUCUCCAUUGCAGCAACCUCUCUGAAGUGCUGUUUAACCACUUUCUCUCAUCAGUAUCAUGUUCCACUAACUCCCAAACCUGACACACACAUACAAAAACAGUAAGUCCAAAUAUAUGCCUUCUCUCAAUGGACCUCUUUUCCUUCAGCUCUCUCUACUUCAAGAAUAUCCCCAACCAUUAUAGCCCUGUCUCUAUUUUUGUGUUAAUUUGAUGUCAAGUCUUUAAAAAAAAUUCAUUUUGUAGCUCCUUACCUUUUAUUUUCUUUUCUCUGUCUUUCUUUUUCCAUCAUUAAUUGAUGAGAGUUGUUACGCAAGGAGAUGGGGAUAUGCCAUUAUACUGCAAAGUGACAAAAUCUCUCUUAAAGCUCUUCAGUGUUGCCAAAAAUAAAUGUUUUUGAGCCAGAACACAAACUGGAAUCCACACACUCACAGAAGUGCUUGUUACUGAACAUCAAGAGUGUGAACACAUAUACGGAAAACAAGGACUAUUGUUCAGAAAUGGGUAGCAGGAAGCUGCCUCAGUGGAGUUGCCUUUAAUUCUCUCUGAAUUUACUCUUCUGUACAGAACAACCACAGAAACCGGGAACUGAGGGGAAGGGGGGACACAACUUAUCUUGAAAUUACUUUGCAGUCCAGAGUUGGACUGUGAAUGGGACGUUUUAGAGUUUUGUUCUGAUUAAAGGGGGCGGAUUAGGGACUGAAACUGCAAUCGGAAUCACUGAUGGAUAUUUUAGGAGAACGUGCUGUAUCACCUGUGUGUUAUUGUGGCUAGAAUAAUUUUUUUGCUACUUCUUCAGCUGAGUCAAACUUCUGUACAUAUACUUAACACAUGAAAGCAAGUCUUAUUCUACUCGUCUCCUGUACAUAGAUAAACCAGAUGAACAAAAGCAACAAAAAAGUAUCAAAUACUAUGAAAACAUUUGUUGUAAUGCAACAGAAAUUGAAAAUAGUUGAAAAAUAAAGAUGUUUUUUAAGUUUGUGACU